AUGAUUAGCUACUUCAGCAUAAUUCUAGCCUGGCCAUCAUCAACACAUGCGACUUGGCUAGAACAAGGCUACCACGACCCCAGCAGCUUGUACCACCUGUCGGCUCGACCUAUCUCGAUUGAAUCCGACUUUCUGGUUGGCCAAUCAUCCGAUUGGUCUGUGCUGAACCUAGCGGCCAGUGGCAAUGUUUUAGCCACGUGCCCACGCUUAGGCUUGAGAUCAAGCCGACAUUUUUCUGACGAAAUACAGCAUCAGCCCAGUCGGGGUCAAGUCUGCUGA